GGAACCACUUAAUACGAUUUCACCUUCCCUAUAUAUCUCCCACAGAAAAACAAAAUACAAUGAUUAAAAAAUCGUGUCAAACCAAAUGUCUUUUUUUUUUCAAGUGUCAAACCAAAUGUCCUAACUCGAGUAUCUAUUCUCAUCGGAAUCACUUCUUACGUUUUCUCUCACUAAAUUCAUACCUAAAGAGUUUUGUAAUUUUUGUUUGGCCAGAAGAAGAUGGAGUCUGGUAAUAGUAGUAGCAUGCAAUCUUCAAGCGGAGGAGGAGGAGGAGGAGAAGAAUACGAUUCUCGCGCCGGUGAUCAAUCCAUCUCAGCCUUCUUCGACCACCACAACCACCACGUGGUAUCUUUACCUCGGCCACAACAAAACCACAUCAACCCCCUUCACUUCGACCACAACAACUCUCUAUUACAACAAAAUUACUUCAAUAGUAACAGCAACGGUACCUUCUUGCCCGUAAACCAACAAUCCGACCCGGUUACUCAACCUGAACUCCGAACCUUCACCACCACGUCAUCAGUUCCUCCUAACAACGUAGGAGUAACCAAGAAAACCAAGAAAAGAUCUCGAGCAUCAAGGCGAGCACCAACGACGGUUCUAAAGACGGAUACUUCGAAUUUCCGAGCGAUGGUUCAAGAGUUCACAGGGAUCCCAUCUCCGCCGCUAUUCAACAACAACUCCGUCGUGAACACCACGCGCCUCAAGACAUUCCUCGGCUUGUCUUCUUCAUCGCCAAACUCUUACUACAACAGCAGCAACAACAACAUCUUGUUACAACCUUUCGCUCAAAAACUCCUCCCAACGUCUCCUCUCCUCUCCGGAUCACAGAUUCAGCAAUAUCAAAACCCUAACAACAGCUUUGAGGAUAUGAAUCUACAGUCUCUUCUUCAAACUCAGAUUUCAAACCCUAGAAGCAAUAUUCAGUUUGGUCUUGGUAUGUUGCAGAGUCAAUCUAUUACUCCUCAGACGACGACCACAGUGGCUAACGGGAACAAAACCACUGGUGAAAAUGGUGGUUACGGUGUUUCUGAUCAUGAUCAUAAUAAUGACAAUACUUGGUUAUGUUCAUCUUCCGACCAAAGAACAUAGAAGUGUUUAUAACUUUAUAUAUACACAUUGUCCGAAUUCCGGAAUAUCCAAGCUAAUCUCUUGGCAUAUGCUUAUUCAUUUCAACAAAUUAAAGAUAGCAUGUGUAGGAUAAUUAAGUUACUAGUUUAUGAUUCUAUAUAUGUUCGUAUGAUUAAACACUUUUUGAAUAAUUAUUUUUAAUUUUAGGGUUCUUUCAAAAUUAGUUAAUCCAUGCUUCUUAUUUUGUUUUAUCUUAGUUUUCCAUAGUACCUCUUGGUAAGUAUUUGUUUGUAGUUGGAUUACAUUUAAAUCACACUUUCUUUA